UGGAUGUCGUUGGCAAAUUUCGACAUUUUGUAUAGCAUGUAGCGCUCGUGGCGAGAGGAUGGUGCAAGGACGACGCAGGGCCCAAGUCACAGCGUGUCACGCCUUGUUCCUCUUGUGACACGCUGUGACUUGGGCUGUUGCCACAGACUUGCAGCCCGCCUGCCAGCUUCAAUGCAGCUGGUAGAUAACGAUACCUUCUUGCAACGUCUUGCUGCACUGUUUGAAUCGAAGCAGGACUCGGGCACAAUAUGGCUCACUCACAAACGACUCACGCAUGAUGAGCACGGCAGCGUUACGUCCCCCGGUGAAGGUGAAGAUGUAGAAUACCCAUGCCUGAUACGCGUCACCGAUGGCGACGCAAAAUUGUCGACGAAAGUGGAGUCAGGCCAGCUGGAAAAGUUCCAUGAACAGUACGGCGCCCUCUUGAAAUCUUCAAUGACAACUCUCCGAAAGCGCGACAAGAAACGCGAGAAGCAACGAGCAGAAGAGAUCGCGCGCAAGAAACGCAGGAUGACCGAACAGAUAGUCGUAGAAGGAUCCAAAAGAGGUGCUGGCCGGCGAAAACGACAAAGGAGGAUGAAAGCAGCGUUGAAACAGGAUGAGGCACGAAAGAGAGCCCAGGAAAGGGAGGAAGCUCGAUCACAGGCGAAGGAAGCGAAGUAGUCACUCGACUUACACUAUGUUCAGCUAUUCCAGAUGUUUACUGUGUUGAUAUGGCCAGGCUACGUCGAGCAACGCUAGCCGUCUGUAGAAUGAUAGUAUACUGUAUUGGAAGGUUGAGGAGCCC